GAAGAACAACGAUUUCCUUGUGUUGUGUUUACGAAAAAAACGGCAAUUAUUAUUUGGGGAAAACACCACGGACAAAAUUAUCUGCAGGUCUUUUGUCUUCCUUUUUAUAAUUUACUUUAGUGUGUUUAAUAUGCCUGUUCACCUCUUGUUUUAUUGAGUACCAGUUCGUGACUAGCUAGGUGCUGGCGGGCUUGCUAGUCAGUUAGUUAGCCAGUGUGUCGAGACUGAUCCGGCUGACUGAACUGAACAUUACAUAAACGACUGUACGAGACACAUCUGAUCCGACUCAGAAGAAAAGAAAUGCCGAUCAAACACAUGUCAUGUUAAUUUGAACACUUUUUCGUUUCGGAGCUGUUGCUGUUUUUACGCGGCUAAGGUUAGCUAGUUAGCUUACUUAACCAGCCGUGUUGCUGUUUUGUAUACAUAUAAUAACCGCUAAGUUAGUUUGUUCUGAUCGGACUGUGCUGGAGAAAUGGGUUCAAUUCUUAGUCGAAGAAUCGCUGGUGUUGAGGACAUCGACAUCCAGGCCAAUUCUGCAUACAGAUAUCCUCCAAAAUCAGGAAACUAUUUUGCCAGCCAUUUUUUCAUGGGAGGAGAGAAGUUUGACACUCCUCAUCCAGAGGGUUUCCUUUUUGGAGAGAACAUGGAUCUCAACUUUCUUGGUAACCGCCCAGUGCAGUUUCCCUAUGUUACUCCGGCACCCCAUGAGCCAGUCAAGACAUUGAGAAGUCUUGUCAACAUCAGAAAAGACUCAUUACGAUUGGUCAGGUAUAAAGAUGACGCUGAUACUCCUACUGAUGAAGGAUCAAAACCAAGGGCCUUAUAUGGAGUGGAGUUCACCUUUGACUCUGAUGCACGAGUGGCCAUCACUAUCUACUGCCAGGCUUUUGAGGAGUUCUCCAAUGGGAUGGCAUUAUACAGCCCGAAAACCCCUGCAUUAGUCUCUGAAACUGUAUAUUACAAAAGAGGGGUUAGCCAGCAGUUUACGCUGCCAUCCUUCAAGAUCGAUUUCUCUGAAUGGAAUGAAGAAGAUCUCAACUUUGAUUUGGACAGAGGUGUUUUUCCCAUGGUGAUUCAGGCUGUGGUUGAUGAAGGAGAUGAUUGUUUGGGACAUGCACAUGUACUGUUGGCAGCAUUUGAAAGACAUGUUGAUGGCAGUUUCUCAGUCAAACCUUUGAAGCAGAAACAAAUAGUGGACCGUGUCAGUUACUUGCUACAAGAGAUUUAUGGAAUUGAGAACAAAAACAACCAAGAGACAAAGCCAUCUGAGGAUGAGAACAGUGACAACAGCAACGAGUGUGUGGUGUGUCUGUCAGAUCUGCGGGACACUCUGAUUUUGCCCUGUAGGCACUUGUGCCUGUGUAACUCUUGCGCUGAUACUCUACGCUACCAGGCCAACAACUGCCCGAUCUGUCGACUGCCGUUUCGAGCUCUUCUCCAGAUUCGAGCUGUAAGAAAGAAGCCUGGAGCACUUUCUCCUGUUUCCUUCAGUCCAGUGCUGGCUCAAAGCAUGGAUCAUGAUGAGCACUCGAGCUCAGACUCAGUUCCCCCUGGCUUUGAGCCCAUCUCGCUGCUGGAGGCUUUGAACGGUCUUGGUGCCGUGUCCCCUGGCCUUCCAUCUGCACCUCUGUAUGACGAGAUCAACUUCUCUGGGAGCUUGAGUGGAGAGAGCAGGCAGCUCAGCUCACCUGACCACUCUGGAGACAGUGGCGGACAGAAGAGCAAAGUCAGCAAGUCACCCGACAGCACUCUACGCUCUCCAUCGUCACCCAUUCAGGAGGAGGAUGAAGAAAAACUGUCUGAGAUGUCUGAUGCACAAGCUCACAUGCUGCUGUCCAGCAGUCCUGCCCCCACUGAGGGUACGGCUGGGGAGGACGCCCCUGAUUCACUGUCUCCUGAAGAUGAGGAUCGACUGAAUUUGGAGGAAGAGGUGAUGAAUGACUGCAGCAGUGAGCACAGCAGCUUUACCAAGACUGAAAGUGACCCCCCUGGAGACCUUUCCCUCCCUGGAUUAUCUGGCUCAACUGAAAGUCUGAACACUCAGAGUACCUGCUGCUCCAGCCAGCCGCUCCUGGGUCCCUCAAGCCAUUUGCACAUGGAUGAUGAUGAACUGGAUGUUUAACCCUGCCCAUCUCCUUCUUUGUACAGCCCGACAUGUCUCCACAUUGCAGUUUGAUGCACUCCCAUUCCAGUAUCCCACUUUGAACAUGAUUGACUCUUGUUCCAGGCCUUUUGUUUCUGAACAUAACUGGCUGAGGCCGAUGAGCUUGUUCUGGUGGUGUGUCAUAUUUCUUGUGCUUGGUUUUUAGGGCUCUAUUUUAUCAAGUUGCUUACUUCACCCAAAGUGAUCACCCUUACGUUAUUCAAACUCUGCAUUAUUAUCUUCCAUGAAUCACUAAAAAAAGUUGGGCAGAAUGUCCAGUCUGCUCUUUUACAUUCCAUGAAAGUGGAAGUUGAUUUUAAAGUACUUGGUAA